AAUCCGAAGCGGGGAAACUGAAACAGCUAGCGGGGCACAAUGGCGGCGGGGCCUGGUGUUUCUAUGCAGAGCGGCAGCCCGGCGAGAGAGCUUUCUCUGUCGGUGCAGCAAGCAGGGAACCAGACUCAUGGAGAGCGGGUCAAACCUGAAGAUAUAACAGAGGCGGAGAGGCAGAGUCGCAUGGCUGCUUUGCUGGAGAGGCUUCAUGCCAAACACAACGCUUCACGACCAUGGCAAGAGACCUGCAAGGUCGUGCGUCAGGCCAUGGAGAAGCGCGGUGCGAUGAAUGCUGCAGGUCACCAGCUCCUGCUCACCUGCUUGGAGACCCUGCAGAGGGCGCUGAAAGUCUCAUCUCUGCCCUCCAUGACAGAUCGUCUAGAAUCCAUCGCUCGGCAAAACAUGCUUGGCUCUCACCUCAGUCCAUCAGGAACAGAGUGUUACAUCACAUCAGACAUGUUUUAUGUGGAGGUGCAGCUGGACAGCACUGGCCAGCUGGUGGACGUCAAGGUGGCUCAUCAGGGAGAAAACCCGACGAGUUGUUCUGAGCUGAUUCAGCAUCUAAGGGAGAAAAACUUUGAAGAGUUUUCCAAACAUCUGAAGGGACUGGUUGAACUAUACAAGCUCCCCGGGGACAAUAAGCUGAAAACAAAGAUGUAUAUUGCACUGCAGUCUUUGGAGCUUGAUCUCACCAAGAUGAUGCACAUGUUUAGGUUAGCAACCAAUGCUAAUGCAGUGGAGACUAUUCUCCAUGGCAGUGUGGGCUUGCUGACAGCCAGGAGUGGUGGCCAUCUUGUUACUCUUCAGUGUUACGUGUCCCCGUAUGACAUAUUUGAGGAGGGACCAGGCAUGCAGCUCAACUUACAAGAUGGCAAUAUUCCACGCUCUCUUGGUGUCAGUGUUUCUGUGACAAUCGAGGGAACCUCCGCCGUCUACAAGCUCCCAAUUGCUCCGCUCAUCACCGGAUCCCACCCAGUGGACAACAAGGGGACACCUUCCUUUUCCACUGUAACCAACUCCAACUGUGUGGACCUACCAGCCUGUUUUUUCCUCAAGAUGAACCGCCCCAUGCCUUUCUCUCUGUCCUUUAUUCAGAGGCUGGGAAAUGCUACUUCGAUCCCAGUGUUUGAGAGCUCCCCCAGCCUCUCGCCUCUCUACCAGUUAAUUGUCCAGAGUCAGCUCCAGCUCCUUGAGGAGGGCGGCUCCACGCCACCGCCCCCACACAACAUGCACUUCUACUCUGUGUUGCCAGAUCAGCAGCAUUGUUACUUCCUGAAUGGUGACGCCCCAGUGCAAGACGGUCGUUCUCUUCAAGGAGCAUUGGUGUCUAAGAUUCCCUUUCGCCACCCAGCACAAGUGCCGCUGCUGUUGGAUAUCAUCCGGCACCAGGCAGCCUGUAACAACUUGAUUGGGAGCUGUGUGAGACGAACUACCAUCAAAGAAGACACUGCAGGCCUGCUGCAGUUUGAAGUAUGUCCUCUCACCGAUUCAAGUUUCAGCGUCUCUUUCCAGCAUCCCGUCAAUGAGUCAUUAGUCUGUGUGGUAAUGGAGGUGAUUGACUCCAGACAGGUAUCCUGCAAGCUCUAUAAAGGACUGUCAGACGCUCUGAUCUGCACUGAUGAAUUCAUCACCAAAGUCGUCCAGAGAUGCAUGUCCAUUCCUGUAACAAUGCGGGCCAUUCGGAGGAAAGCAGAGACCAUCCAGGCAGACACUCCAGCCCUCUCACUGAUUGCACAGACAGUGGAGAUCAUGGUGAAGAAUAACCUGCCGCCCUCUGGUAGUCCCUCCUACACCAUGGCAGCAGGCGACGCAAGUAACCCUAUGGGACUGCCUGGGCUUACAGGGGGCAACACACCUACUGGAGGAGGACCCCCUGGGGGGCCUAAUUUUGCAGGUCCAAUUACUUCUCUGUUUGGGGUUUCCCGAACAGAAAGGCAAGUCCAAGGAGGAGACUGUCUAACCCAAGGAGGGGUGGCUGGCCAGCAACAGUUGCAGCAACAGCAACAGGCCGGUCAAGGCCAUUCAGAUGACUACAACAAAGUCACCCAGAAUCCCAUACUGACUAGUCUGUUACAGAUAACUGGAAGUGUGGGUUCUAGUCCCAGCUCCCAGAAUGCCCCACCACCCCACCAAACUCCACCCCCGACAUCCUCCCCUGCCAGCAACACCAAGAAUCAUCCUAUGUUGAUGAACUUGUUAAAAGACAACCCCACACAAGAUUUUGCCACUCUUUAUGGUUCUAGUCCAUUAGAGAGGCAGAAUUCUUCAUCUGGCUCCCCACGGACUGAGAGCAUGGGUGGAACCUGCCCUGGCGGUAGCACAAAAGGGAAGAAGAAGCGCCCACGGGGUACAGAAAAGGGUGCUGCGAUGCCUGGAACUGCCGCAGGUGGUGGAGGUGGUGGUUUAGGCAUGAAAGCACAACAGGGAUCUUCCAUACCGCAGCACCACCAGCACCAUCAAGUCUCACAUGAAGAUGACUUCCAUCGUGAGCUCCUCUCUAUGGAUGUGGACGCAUCUCAAAAUUCUAUUUUCGAUGUCAACCUGACUGGUGAUGGCCUAGACACGCCCCAUAGCAUCACUCCGGCACCUAGCCAAUGUGGAACACCACCCUCUGGCCCUGGCAUGCCUUAUUCACAGUCUCAUGUCCAGUCUCAGCAACAGCAACCACCAGGUGCUGUACCUCCCCGUAUGGUGCGCCUCUCUAGCUCUGAUAGUAUCGGACCGGAUAUCACAGAAAUCUUGUCAGAUUUACCCGAGCAGACAGGCAAAGGAAGCGGUGGAAGCCAUGGGCAACACCCCAUGGGUAGUGGCGGGGAGGAUGGAGGCCCCCUUGGGACCCCCAUCCGAGACUCCUCCAGCUCGGGUCAGGGCAGCGCAGUGUUUGACUCAGCAGACAUUUUCAACACCAACAGCAAUGAGAAUCCUUUUACUGAUGCUGCUGACCUGAUAGCCGAAGCAGCUGCAACUGCCGCCACGCCCACCAGCGAUUCCUCCUCCACCAACUUCUUCCCUGAUGCUGCUGACUUCAACCCUGACCUCCUGACCUCAGGCCAUGGCUUCUCCCAGAACUACUUUGAUGAUAGCUCUCCAAGUGCAGAUGGAGACAUGGAUCUGGUCAAGGGCUUUGGGGGAAGUAGCCAGCAGAAUACCCCGUCAGGAACACCUCAGAAUCCCACUCCACAUGGGCAGAGCACCCCGGAGCCCUCACUGAAGGACCCUUUUGAUAUGGGGAUAGUUUUUGGAGGCAAUAGCGGUGGUGGUAAGCCGCUUCUGGGGCAAGCUCCUGAUUUGGGAGAUACACAUGGCGGAGGGUCCCAGAGCCCCCUCAUAAUGGGCCUCUCAUCAGCGUGUGCUGACUUUAAAAGUGCAGAACCCAAAGUGAAACAGCAGCAGGGACUCAUGCGACCAAAGGAUGAAAAUGGGGGUAGCGGUGGAAGCAGUUCUGGGAUGGGGAUGGGGAGUAGUUCAACAGAGGGCAAACAAGUGAAACGUAGUAGAACCCCAUCCAGUGAGGGAAAGUCUAAAGAGAAGCCUCCCAAACGAAAAAAGUUGGACCCUGAUGGGAAGUCCCCCUCUCACAGCUCAGGGGGACGGCCAUACACACCUCCUAGUGGUGGCUCAGGCUCUGGGGGAAGCAUAAGUGGAGGAGGCUCCAAGUCUCCUGGUAGUUCAGGACGCUCGCAAACUCCUCCCGGUGGUGCCACACCUCCAAUUCUCAAAAUCACAAUUCAGAUCCCAAAAGGGACCAUAACUGGUGGGAAAACAUCAUCCCAUAGUGGCUACACCUCCAGCAGCUCAGCCACAAGUAGCACAGGUGGAACAGGGGGAACCAGCAGCAGCAAAAGCCAUCAUUCUCACUCAUCAUCUUCUGGGAAGAUCAAGUCCAAAGAUGGCUCCACAACACAAGGCAAUAGCUCCAAACCAGGGAGUGCAGGAAUGGGGACUGGUGGUGGGUCAUCUCAGUCUAAAGGCUCCUCCCAAGGAAUGGGUGUUGGCAAACCGGGAUCAUCCCCAAUUACCAAACAUGGGCUGUCUGGGCCUGGAGGUAGUGGCAGUGGAAUUGGAAGUGGUAAUAAAAUGAAGCCUCAGGGAGGCAAGCCCUCUGGGUCUCUUAUGAAUCCCAACAUAAAGCCCAACAUCUCCCCUUCUCACUCCCGCUCCAGUAGCUCUGGUGACAAAUUGUCCUCCCCUAUGAAAAUGCAGCAGUCCCAGGUUCCAGGAACACCUCCUUCUUCGAAGGCAAAAUCGCCAAUGGGCUCUGGAGGUGGUAGCUCCGGAGGGUCCAAGUCUUCCUCUGGUGGAGGCAUGAGCUCCCAGAAGCCAAUGGGUGGAGGCUCCUCCUCUGGUUCCGCAUCUUCCUCAUCAUCCUCCAGCUCCUCCUCGUCAUCUGGCUCCAUGACCUUCUCAGGAGGCUCCCAGUCUCAGUAUGGGAGUGGAGGAGGUGGAAGUGGAGGGGGAGGAGGGGCAGGGGGUGGAAGUGGAGGCAGUGGUGGAGGGGGAGGAGGUGGAGGAAGUGGGGGUGGAGGUGGAGGCAGUGGAGGGGCCGGUCAGAACAAUGCAAACAACCCCAAUGCCAAAGGGAAGUCUCCCAGUCGGAACAAGAAACCCUCUCUUACAGCAGUUAUAGAUAAACUGAAAAGUGUCGGUGGAGGAGGAGUCGGGGAGGAUGGUUGUGAGGUAGGGCCACCAGGAGGGGGAACUGGUUCGGGAUCUGCUCCUGGUAGUGGUGGUCCUGGAAAUGUUCCCAGCAGUGGACCUUCAAGUAUGGGUUCUUCCAAGCAUGCCCCAAGUGGGGAGUAUAAGCGGGAAAAAUCUGAUAAAGAGGCAAAAGCAAAAGUAUCUGUUUCAGGGGGAAACAGUGGGGAUAAAAAGUUGAUGGACCCAAAAUCAGGAGGGGGGAGUGCAACUGGGCUGGCCAAAAUUAUCAUUAGCAAACCUGAUGGUGGGUCACCAAGCAUCAAGGCCAAAGUGACCCUACAGAAAGCAGGGGAAGGGUCUGGUGACUCUAUGCGUCCCCAGAUUUCUAGCCUCAAAGCUUCCCCCCUCUUCAGUGGCUCUACUCCCAAGCAUGACCGCUCCUCCCCGAGCCACAGCCGCUCGCCAGGAUACACCCCGCUCAACCAUGACAGCGAGAGCGAGUCGGGCAGCAGCUCAGUGGCCGAGAAGUCCCACCAGAACAGCCCCAGCUCGGACGACGACCAGGCCAUUCGCCCGCAUCCUCCCCAAGACUACAUGAGCUCCAUCCCUCUCAGCUCGGGAGAGAAGCACAAGAAACACAAGAAGGAGAAAAAGAAGCAGAAAGAGAGGGAGAGAGAGAGGGACAGAGACCGAGAUCGGGACAGGGACAAAGAGAAAAAGAAGUCAUCUAUGUCCAUGGGGCCGUCCUCACAUCCCAUAAAAGCAGACAGUUGGUCCCGGUCCCCCAUCUCAGCGUCAGAUUCAUCUUUGUCCAUGCUGGGUUCAGAGCGUCCAUCCCGGCCCAGUCCAAUGUAUAUGAGAAAUGAAGACGAUGACCUCAUGGACUCAGCCCUCACUGGCAACAUUUAGUUUUAUUUUUCUUACUCAUGUUUUUAACUCAUGCCUUUUAACAUACAAAGUAAACCCUUAUUUAUUUAACUCAAGCCACAAAUUGGAACUGGAUACAUGAAUAUUAUGUCUCUCUGAGCGAUCACUGUCUUGAUCGACUUGUAUUUUAUUAUCAUAUUUUACUGUUUCAGUAUCAGUGUAUAAUAUCUGGGCUUUGAGGUGACAGUUACAUUAAAGUGGUUGCCACACUGUCAUACAGACCUGCCCCCAGAAUACCAACUCUCUUAAAGGUAUUCAGAUACUUUAAAGUGGGGCUGGGUGUAGAGUACUUACUAUAGUCAGUGUAUUUUACAGAAUAUGUCGGUUCGGAGAAGCAGCAGGAGUGCUGACACGGAAGCUAAGUAACGUACUGCUAUGGAUUGGGGACAGCAAACAAAAUGUAUUUUAGCCACCUAAAAAAGUCUCAUCUAAGAAAAAUGAUAGCAGUAUAAGUGAAGUCUACCUUUAGAAUAAUUUCACAGUUUUACCUUGAGGCAGACAGCCUGUUCAGAUGAGGAAGCUGGUAACAGCUUCAGUUCACCACACCCUCAUCAAAGCCAAAAAACUCCACUGACCAAAACAAUAAUUUUAGCCCCGUUUCCGCCAAAAACUUACGGUAUGGUACCUUUGGAACCAAAAGUAACCCUUCAGACAUGGUACCUAGACCCAUUUAGUGUUCCCACCACAGUAGUACCCUUACAUAUGGGCAGGAUUGUUGUCACUCACUGCUCCCUCCAGCACUCACUGUAUUUCCUCCUUUGUCAGUCUGCAUUUAGUCCUUCUAAGGUAAGCUCAGGGGUUUAUUGUUGCUAGAGCCCACAGUAACGGCGCGCGACAACUCUUUUUUUUCCUCUGAGGAAUAAAGAUUGCUUAAACGUGUUAAGAUUCCCUCAUUACUAAAAGUCUGUGUCAUCCAAGAGAGACAAUAAAGACUAAAGUAAUGGUCAAAGUUGUCACAUUGAAAUUUAAGGUGUGGCUAUGGAUUCUUUUAGUCAACUCACGCAUGCCAGCAGUUGGCCCAUGAAUUAAGACAAUUUUUUCUUCGUCUAUAGCUGCUGCAAGAGGCCCCAAAACAUCAUUUCAUUUUAUAGUUACAGUUUACUAAUAAAACUCCCCACAGUUUGAACACUGGUUACAUGAGCCUCAAAACCAGCCACAACUCAGCCCUGAGCAGAGUGACCAUCUACUAUUGACCAAUCAACAGACUGCAGUGUUCAUAGCUCCACCUUUUAGUACUAGCUCUGUGUGCUAGGUACCCCAACAGAGGGGGGAUCAAAAAUGGGGAUGGUACAGAACGGUUCUAUUGGUACCAUCCACAACUUUUCACAGUGGAAACGGAAAAAAAGUGCACCGAACUGAACUGUACUGUACCGCUUGGUGGAAACAGGGCUUUUGGCUUGCUGCUGUUCUACUGCUGUCUCAAUCAUGUUAUUGUGUGACGUUUGUGACUGAGCUAAUCCUUUUAAAUGCUAAAGUCACACAACAGCACAAAUAAAAUAACUGAUUGAGGCAGCUGUAGAUCAGCAGCUCCUGCGUUUAGCGAUGUUAAAUCACUGUUUUUGUCAAUGGAGUCUGGUUGUACGGCUUCAAUUCCCUGUUAGGAAUCACUGUCUGACAGUAAGCUAAAGCAGUGAAAAUAUUCUGAAUAAUACACACAAUAUAUGCUUAACUGAUGGUUUGUUUUUGUUUUUUUUUUGGUGGUACUUUUUUUAAGAUGGCUAAAAUUUCUUUUGUUGCUGCCCCCAUCCACAACAGUACAGUGCUUAGCUUCCAUGUCAGACUCCAGCCUGCUUCUCCAAACUGGGGGUGUGCCUACCAACAUGUGCUUUAUGUAACACACUGACUGUGGAUAAGAACCUCAUACAACUGCACAUAAAAUGAUCUGAACUAUCCCUUUAAGCUUCAUUAAGAAAAUGGCUUUAAAUAGUAUAUUUUCAGACAGACAUUAUUUUUGUCUUUCCUGUGAUGUCAGAAGGUCUUUUCUUUUCGCAUGUAAUACAUUCGCCGCUGUUCAUAUGUUAUUGUUGUUAAAAACAUACCAGAUUGCCACUAAAUAAAUAUGUCUGUUUUAAAAAAAAGUAUUGUAAAGCAAGAAGGGUACAGUGUUCAGUUGCCUUGUUUUUCAGAUACAACUGGGAAUUUUUAGAUUUUGAUAUAUUUUAAACUGUUGAUGUGUAAGUUAGUGUCUGUAAAGAAGACAGAAACUGAUGAAGAUGAUAAUGGAGGAAAAAAAAGACAUGCUGGUAAUUUUCUAACUGUAGAAGUUUUGGAAGGUUGAAAUAAACAUUUCACUUCUGGAAAAAAAUUACUGUCAUGUUACUGUAUUUUAAGUUUGUAUCUCUUUUUGUGCAUCUCAUGUAGUAACCCAUAUAUCUAUAUUGAUUUAAUGUAACAGUUAUCUGAUUUUUGAUCAUUUCACUUCUUAAAUGUUGAGUGAAUGGGAAGAUGUGUCAAUUAUGUAUGUUUUUGAUUGUCAAUGACAACCACAAAGCGACACUAGAUGGCAGCAGUGUAUCAGGAUGCUCUGUCACUGUUAACAGUAUCACAUGGUGCUUUUGUGCUGAGUUGCACACUCCCAGAGGUAAUGAACAGAGGUUAAGUGAAUUUUCACGCCUUUGUUCACAGGUAUUAGACAAGAAGAUUUGUAAAAUGGUGAUGCAAUAAG